GUUAAUGGUUUGUAGCAUAAACUUACACGCAUAACUGCUUCUGAACCUCGUUGUUGAUAAAGGAAACAAUGAAAUCAUUUAUCUUUCAGCGUCUAAACGGCCUUGACUACUUUUCUGUGAACAGAACAAACUCUCAAGGAAUCAUCACUCGCGGCUGAGAGGGUCGAUUCAGUCUAACUGUGAUUCAAAGAUAAAAUCACACCCAUCAAAGGUAAGCAUAUUUGCGUCGCACAGUGAUUCAAAGAGACUAUCAUACGUGAGAGUGAAAACAGUGUAUUUAAGCUAGAGUUUUUCCAGACCUAGGUUAUUAUAGCUAGCUAAUUCAAACUACAAAACUGCUCCAGGUUAAUCAAUUUGCUCAAAACUACUCAACACUACACCUUAACCAAACCAAUUUACACCCGUAAUCACACACACUACACCGACUAUAUCGAACCAACGACCUACUCGUACACUGAUUAUAUUAGUCUACAAUAAAUAAGUCAACCACACCAUAAGUGUUUAAAUUUAGAGACAACAUUGUUUACAACUACAUACAACAAAACCUAGCUACAAAAACCAUGAAUAAAACAGCAAAGUACAUAUCCUUCAGCUACAACAAUUCCAAUUCCAUCGCAAUUUGGGCGUGCAAGCGAAACCUUGCACUUAAACAAAUUCAAAUCUUGUAUUAAUACUAAAUAUAAACGAAUGCUUACAUCAAACCAAGUAAACUAAAUACUUAACAACGUUGUGAUGUUGUCUGUAGCUCUGAUGGGUCUCACAAUUUGUCAGUUACCGAAACAAUUUUAUGCCAAAUCCACGAGAUAAUCAAAUAUUAUUAUCAGCGCAAGUUACAUGAUCCCAUUAUCCUGAGAAUUCAAUUUCAUCGAAGACUGAUAGAAUGCAAUCGCACAGACUUGAAUACAUUUGCUCAAGUAAAUGCUAACGUUUACCAGUUACGAAAGAAUCAUUUAUGAACCAAAUCCUAUUCAGUUAACAGUUAAGAAACUAAUUAACAUAGCGUAGACCUUCAUAAUAAGUUUACCCAAUUUGUGUGGCUAAUUACAGGAGAAAGGUAAUACUUUCCUGAGAGUUAAACCAUUAUAAUGUCUUGCUGGCUGGUAAUUGAUAUCAAUUCAAAAUUUGCUAAAAAGAGAUAAAAAAAUGACUCUUUCAUUUUCCUGCGUGGGAUUUUGAUUCUAUUUAAAGUUGCUGGCUGGGAAAAUAAUCCUUUUCGUUCAGGUUGGCUGGCAGUAAAGAAAAGCUCAGCGUUCUUUUUGUUCCCACGAAGAUUAAUUGUUAACCAAAUAUCACACGAUAUUUCUUUUGAUAAAAUAUACUUUGCAAGAAUCAUUAAUAAUCGAUUAGGAUCGGUCCUAAAUGAUAGUCAGUACAUUAAGCAAGUAUGCAACAAAGCAGUGUUUAUAACAUGCGAUAAAAUACCUCAGUACUUCAAGUAAAUGUAAAUGUAAUGUAGUCGUGGAAACGAAACACCGACUCUGCACAAAGAACUCAUGAGUGACUGUAGUAACACGACGAAAAAUUUCAGAUAUUGCGAUACGAUCGUCACUUUCCACUUAUCUGUUAUUGAUAUAACAAGGCGAAGGAACUGAACUGAAAAGUGAAAUGAAAGCAAAGACUGUAGCUAAAAAUUUGACAUUAAUUCUACACGCGUUAAAUAGCUGCAACAUUGUCUACAAAGAAGACAAAACAAAACAAAAAACAAAAAAACCAAAAAAAAAAAUGGACCAAGAUGGAUAGAGAAGAGGCGGUAAAAUAAUUUACAACUUUUAUCAGGAGCCCAUUACCCGAAGCUCCCAUCUUCCAUACUUACCCUUUGAGUCAACCCUCUCCCGCUUCUUUUUAUUUUUAGAAGCACCUCCCACGGGAUUUUUCGCGGGUGUUUACAUAAUAGCCAAUCAUAAGAGAGCUGUAGUCCUCUAUUGUUUAUGUCACAUGCAGGCUGCACGAAAGUAUUUCAAUAAUGGCGAAAAGCGCGGAAAAUUUACCAUUCAUUUUUUAGGGUGUUGCGCGAACGUCAGCGUGUUUUCGCGGGAAAUUAAAGAACCCCCAAAUAUAUCACUUCUAAAAAUAAAAAGAUACGGGAUUUAUGUAGUUUGUUGGGAGGUAAAAACGUAUUUGUAACGACAAUUCGUUCCAAACAUGACAAGUAAGUAUACUGAAUGCUGCAUAUGGAGAAUAGACAAACAAAGCAAUGUCUAUAUUCAAGAGCGGCUGAAGAAAAUCUAUGUAAUUAGGCAUAAUCCUUACGUGCUGUGAACGCUUGACACUACAGCCCGCAAUUUUGGAUACCUCUGAGCAUGCUGCUACGAGUCUCCGCUGGACUGCCUCUUAAAAUAUCGCGGGAGCAAAAUGUCAUUAGUUGUAGCUAAAUUUCUCCGAUAUUUCUGGAUGAAACCCUCUGAGACAAAUGUUAAACAUCAAAGUUGUCGAAGGUAAAAGUAUAUACUCAGGAGCAUUUUAAGUACUUCGGUAUCUUUGUGUUUGGAAAUGAAUAAAAUAAUACAUUAUCGUAACCCACGCAGCAAAAAUGUCACGUAAAAGCUCUUUCAGUUGGUCAUCACCAAUUUCCUUUAUGACCUCACUUUACAUCUAGACUAAUUGUUAUUUUCUUUUACUGUUUGAAAAUAGUCCAUUUAACUUUGAAAAAUACUUACUUUAUUAACUUUAUUAAUUACUUUAUUAAUUUUGAUUGAGAAAUACUUUCUCCAAUCGCGAAUUAGACAAGAAAAACAGAUAUUCGGUAAUCAGACCUUGUGGAAAGUUAUAUUCCAAUUAGACAAACGAAAUAACGCAAGACAACCGUUCUCUUUAUGUGAUCUGAUGACGAUGGACAAGAAUCGACGGCGCAGUAACUGUCUCCUUUAUAAACUGACGAACAAAGUUUCCUAAUAUGUAUUCCGGUUAGUAUUCCAUACCGCAGGGUAGUUUUUGAAAGUGUACACGGAAUACAGACAUAAUCAACUUGAGUGUUAGAGAAAUCCUAAACUUACUUCUAGCAUCUAAUUGCUUAAUAAAACCGACGUUUGUACAUUCAAACCAAGGUAAUCGCUUAAAAAUUGUCUCUUUUCUUUGCAGUGCAAAAUCAUCAUCAUGUCUGAACCUGAGUCAAUUUUUCACGAUGUGACCGUCAUUGGGGCUGGUUGGUCUGGUUUAAUGGCGUGUAAGUACAUGCUAGAGUUUGGACUGACUGUUACCACCUUAGAGAAACGUUCAGAGGUUGGUGGGCUGUGGUGUUACUCAGAGGACCCUAACAUUGUCACAGUCAUGCGGACAACGAAAACGACUUCGUCGUCAUCCGUGACAGAAAUGUCGGAUUUUCCAAUGCCGGAGGAGAUUGGAUACUUUCCUAAGCACGCCGACAUCUUCACCUACUUGAAAUCCUACUGCGACAAGUUUAAGUUGUGGCCUCACAUUCGACUGAACCACGGGGUGAAGUCAGUAGAGAAGAGAGAAAAUAUAUGGCGAAUUGAGUGCGAGAACGGAAGCCUGUUCACUAGCAAAUUCUUGAUACUUUGCACAGGAUGUGUACAGAAGCCUAAUCGAGUUCUGGAGCAGACUCUCCUUAAAGAUUUCGCUGGCAAAAUUUACCACAGCUCUGAGCUCAAGUCAUUUGUCCCUGAGCAUAAAGGCAAACGAGUGAUGCUGAUUGGUGGAGGCGAGACUGCCAGUGACGUGGUUGAAGAAUGGUGUGACAAUGUUGAUCGCCUUAUAUGGAGUAUACCUCGAGGGAUGCAUUUCUUCCGUAAGUUUGCGAAGAUUCUGCCGAACCGACAGCCUCAAGUCCUGGACAAGGCUUCAUCUCGUGCAAUGAAAUUCAUCGCUCCUUUCACAAAGGGAAAACCAGGUAAUCCCAGUAACUAUUAUGUCAUGUUACUGAGUUUAAGUUUUCUUUCUUGAGUUUACAGAUAAUUGUUCCUCGGCACAAAUCAGACUGGAGGAGACAUGGGUGCCAAAAACUGAUGAUUAAGCAAAAUUCGAAUUCUGAUAAGACAGCGCUGAUCAGCAGUGUUAAUUAAUGUGGCUCUAAACGUGUUCGUAAUUUUUGAACCGGCCAAUCCUUCGCUUGAGUUUUGAUAACUUUUCUGACACAAGAACAUUACAUAAUAAUACCAUAGCCUCUAAAAAUAACAAUUGCAAGAUAGCAAUAAAAAAAAAAGCAAAACAUGGGAACUCGUUUUUUUAGGUAUAGACACAUUAAGCUAAAAUUCAGGGUGUUUUUGAGAGAGUCUAGGCAGUGCUUCCAGGGUAACUUUGUUUAUCAGUAAAGAAAUAAUUACUUCUUGACAAAUCAUUGAGUAUUUUUAAGGACCACUUCCGAGAAAACAAACGAAAAAGAGAAGAAGCCAUCAUCCACUAUAGACUAGGUAUAUUAAUAUGGAUAUAGUCCGUUUUUAAACGGCUGUUGUUCUUUUAAACACAAAGAGGGUUUAUACAAAAUUCAAAGUAAAAUAGAUCCAGGGGAUGAUGGUCAACAGUUAUGUAAACAACUGACCUGUCUAUUACUUAAUUACGACUGGUAUUUGUCUCUACUCACGACGGAGUAAAUUUCCGAUCGAUUUGGGAACGGACAUAGUUGACUUCAAGAUACAAAGUGUUGGUUGGUCGCACUGGGUGCUAACUUAUUCCCUAAUUUUAAAUAUUACCAUUUGCCAUAUUUUUGGCUCACAAUAAUGUUGGUCCUCCUUUCCCUUGCAGGGCUAGCAUGGGUAUGUAAGUGGACGACGAACGGUUCACUACUCGCCUAUCAAGGUCAUGGUAUAUCCGAGUGGAAAAACGACGCCAAAUUUUUCCAUUCUUUUAUCAACAAAAAUGGUCACGUGCUUGAUAGGGUUGAUUAUCACCACUGUGUUCCAAAAGGCGCAAUUGAGAGCGUGAAAGGUACCAAAGUACAUUUCUGUGAUGGCACAGAAGAGGAGGUUGAUAUCAUCAUUCAGUGCACCGGUUUCAAGGCAGAAUUUCCAAUGCUCCCCGCGGAAAUAAAAACGGUUCCUCUUACCCACAACUACAAGUAUCUGUUUAACGUCGAGGACCCGACAUUGGCUUUCAUCGGAUAUGUUCGGCCGGUGAUCGGAUCAUUAAUCACGAUCGCCGAGGUUCAAUCUAUUUUUACCGCGAAAGUUUUCUCAGGAAUGUGUGAGCUUCCUUCCCGAGAUGAAAGGCAGAGAAUAGCUGUGAAAGACAAGUUAUUUUGGGACGACUACUUCAAAGAUUCCUCCCGUAGACUUUCUACCUUGGUGGAAGCCUUCACUUACGGAGAUGACAUCGCUAGGUUAUGCGGAAUAUUUCCUGAUUAUUGGAAGAUGCUCAAAACAAAUCCCCGUGGAGUUAUGACGGCGAUUUUUGCUCCCUACGAUGGCAGCUGUCUUCGACUAAAUCAGCCAGAAUACCAAGAGAAGGCGUUACGGCACUUGCGGCACCAGAUGUCCGGGACAUUCUCCCCAAUACAUUUACUUCUCAUCCUCUUCUUGCGGCUAGUCUGGUUCGACUUCUGGCUGGAUGUCCUCGGCGAGAUUAAGUACAAGAUUCAGUGCGCAGGAUGGUGGAAAAAAAUACGAGAUUGUCGACCCAUACGUUUCUUAGAUUGGUGCUGGCAGGCUCCUAAGAGAUGGCUCUUUGAUUGUAAAACAAGAGCCUGACAAUUUACCAACCUUAACCGAAAACAUUUAUACCAGAGUGCUUACUUACGAACACUCCUCGGUUGUUGUAUAUUUCGAGUGCUUUUAAACUGCAGCGUAGGUAGGAUUUGUUAAGAGGGUCGCGCAAGGGGUUUUCUGAGGCGUACUUGCCCAGGCUACCGUGAAACGACUGAUAAUUACAAGUUUAACAUCGCAUUUACAAAUAUCCUCGCUAUUAAGCUAUCAUUCUAUGUUAUUAUGCAUUACAAUACCGGGUGUUGGUUUAUGAUAUCAAUUUUUAUCCAUGUAAGCUGACUUAAAAUCACUUCUGUCAUCAGAGUAGUUAAUCAAUUAUAUUCUUGAAAGGGUUUUCUUUAGUGAAAUGUUUCGUGGGCCAAAACCCACCAUAUGGUGCUGCUUAACUGUAUCAGUCUAUCAUAGGGGAAAGUCUUCAGUCCGUUUCUAAGAAGGCCUGAUUGUCUUACAACAGUUCCAUCGCAAAAAACUAUCGUGUCGAUUACUGAAAUUGACAAACGUCAUUAUCUAGUGGGCACUACCUAAAUGUUACUAUGAUUAUUAAAC